AUGUUAUUUUAUGUUUCCACAAUUUUAAAUGCCUCAUUUCUUUCUAGUCAAUUGUCUGAUAUUGAAACCUUGAUUGAGAAUAAUUAUGUGAGAUGGAAACGAGACGUAGAAAUAGCACUUGAUCUUUUGGGGUUGGAUUUUGCAAUGGAGAAGCAGCUUUCGAAAUCCACAGAUAAAAGCGAGCAUGAAAAGUGGGAAAUAGUUAAUAGACUUUGUUUGAAAAUUAUUAAGCACUCCAUAUUCGAUUCCAUUAUGGGUGCUAUUCCAGAUAAUGAAAAUGCUAAAGGUUUAGUGGAUGCUAUAGGAAUGAGAUUUGUUGAGUAUGAUAAAGCUGAAACUGGAGAUAUGAUGGACAAAUUGAUAAAUAUGAGAUAUGCUGGUGCAAGUGGAACUUUGGCCUUUGUUUGUUUUGAGUAUUCUUUUGUGGAUGUUCCUUUAUAG